UAUUUUCUGUAACCAGUGAAUAUAUAUAUAUAUAUCUGUUAACUUGGAAUCAGUAACAUUAACUUUGAAUUAGUAUUGAACAACAGAUUAAUUCUUUCUGGUAUACUGUCCUGUGUCACAGCUGGGGGCAGCAAGAAAUACAAACACAUGCAUAUUACUGACUUCACAAGAAGGAUUCCUCUCAGAUUUAAAGAAAAAAUGUUUAUAGACAUUCAUAAGAUAAAUGGUUGUUGUUUAAGUUAUACAUGUGAAAUGUAUGUUGACUUUGGUUCAAAUGUAUGCUUUAGAAUCCAAAAAGAAUGUCUAUCUAGUUUGAAACUACAAGCGUCACAUGUAGUUUUUCAUUUUUUUAUUUUUAUUUUUUAGAAAUGUCAGUGUUAUCGGCAAUUAAUAUUCUUGAAAAUGUGAUCAUUGUAGUAAUUCAUAUAGGGAGACAUUCUGUUAACAGUGUUGACUGUUCAGUUCUGUUUAAUCCAACAAUGCUUUUGUCCUUACCAAGCAACAUGCAUUAACUUUUAUGUUGUUUCGCUCAUUUUGUUUCUUUCGCUUCAUAAUGUUGAAGUCAGUUUUGUUGUUAGACCAAGAGUAAUUAUUUUUAGAAUCAGCCAGUAACAUUUUGACAGUAUUUCUUAAUUUUUGUCAUGGCUGUAAGAAUUGAAUAUAAAUUUCUUGUUAUCACAAGUGUUAAUAUAAAAAAAAACAUUUAUAUUGUAACUGAUUGUUUUAACAGUAAAUUCAUAUUUCUUCAAUAAAAUUCUUUUCAGAAACCUAUAAUCUGAAUUGUGUGAUAAUGUACUGGACUUUAUGUAGUCUAAAUAUUUAUUUGCUAUAGGCUACACUAGAAAGGCAGCAGUAGUGAGUAGUCCAACUUAUUUUAACAGGUAUUAGAAGAAAAGCACCGUUUAUAUUUAUUCGGAAUUCCACGGUUAUUUUUUAACAGUACCGUGUUCAACUAACCAGGUGAUGGCGCCAAAUGACCAGUUUACAACCAAACGGAGGUUAAGUGAAGUGGAGAAUGUGACUAGAGUGGAGUGAAUUCUGCAAUUGUUGCUAAAUCAAUAUUUUUUUAAAUGAAUCAAAACUUAAUUUAUCCCAUAAUAAUUUGCAUUACAAAGGCAUUUUUAUGAGUGUGUUUAAAAUACAGACGCGCGUGAACAGCGGUUAAACCGACUUUUUGUUUUACAGUCUAUGAACUGACCUCAGCAGUUGCUAACUGACCUCUAAAGAACCGCGUAUAAACGAACACAUUCCCCUCAGUAUAUUUAACGUUACUCUAACAUACUUGCCUCACAAAUUUAGAGACAUAUAUAUUUUUACUAUUUAUCAGCUGGCGUCGUAAUGAGUGUGAUACUUGAGUCAUCUUUCAACAUCGAAGAUAUUAUAAAAACUCCAGAAAACCCAGACAGGCUGGCAGAACCGAAACCAGCUGAGCUGUUAAUCAAACUCAGGAAGCUGCAACAAGCCAAAAAACACUUUGAAGAUGAAGUGAAGGAAACUAUGCUCCUCAGAUGUGCUAGGAAGGAGGAGGAAGAUGCAUUAACUGCUGAAGCCCUACAGCUGGAGGGAACGCUGAAUGAAAAGGAAGAGUUAAACAGAUCUCUGCAGCUUAAAUGUGAGGACCUCCAGCUAGAGGCACAAAGGAUGAAGUUUGAGAAUCAGCUUCAGCAACUAAUGGAGCAGCAUAAAAACCUGUCCACUGUCUUUACUCCACAAAGACUUCCAGCAGAAAUACAGUCUGCAGAGUACACCACUGAGCAGUUGUUGAAGGCUGAACAACAGAAGCUGGAGCAGUUGACCAAGCUUCUGGACGGGUUAAGCCACACCCAGAAUGCAGAGAUGCACAUGGACACUUGUGAAAAAGCACCAUGAAUACCUCAAACUGAUUUUUCAAACUUAAGCUGAGUAUCUAAUACCCUCCAACAAAUAUGAAUUUUUCAAAGAAGCAGCUUAUAUCGUUUUCCCUUCUGUUCAAUUGUUCUAAUUUUAACUUGUUACCAACUGUAUUGUCAACAAAUGCUUGUGAACAAAUACUGUUAUAAACCAAAAUCAAACCA